AUGGCUGCUGUCCAGAAAUACGCUCUAGCGGUGCUUUGCCUGUGCCUGGUGUGUGAGUUGGCCUUGUGCCAAGAAGCCGCUAGCAGCAACAAUACCAGCGCGGAAAUGGAGGAGAGCCGCACAUUUGGCCAUCACUUCUUGCGGCGCAUAAGCUUUGCUCUGGUGCCUGGCGCUUUUGUUGUGGGCGUCAUUACCACGCUGCUGGCAGCGCUGACAGUGGUGUCCAUGAAGGGUCUGGGCGUGGGCGUCAUUCUUCUAGUGCUGGCCAUUGGUCAGAUGCUGUCGCGUGCUCUGCCGCCCGUACAUGCUGCGGCUGCCUAUGCCGCUCCUGCUCCAGUGCCCGUUGUCUACUCGCAUUCGCACACACAGCAGCCCGUCUGGCUGGAGAAGGAAUGGUAA